AUGGGCUUGUGCAUUCCUAGCAAAAAACAAGUCAAGCCUAAGAAUUCGUUAACUAUAAGUAAAAUUGUGACAACAUCUUUAUGCCAAGUGCCUAUUAGAUCAAUUUAUAAAUUCGGACAAAUUAUUGGCAGCGGUCACUUUGGAAUAGUCAGAAUAGCUACAUUCAUAGGGACAAAUUCAAAAGUAGCAAUAAAGUCUAUUCCAAAGUCGUCAAUUUCAUAUAACUCUGACAGACUUCGGACUGAAAUUGAAAUAUUAGUCCAAGUAGAUCAUCCAAAUAUUAUAUUCUUUGGGAAAUAGCUGGUCAAGCAAAGGUAGCAACCCUACCCCCCCUAAAAAUGGUACCCCCACCCCCCCUUUCACAGAUGGCACCCCCACCCCCCUCUCGGGUUUAUUCUAUAGAUGUAAUUGAUAGGAAACAAGCAAAAUAAAUUAAAUAUAACCCAAUUCAAACACUAUAUUGAUAAAUUAAGUCCACAAAUUACUUUAUAUUUAUGAUUAAUUAAUAAAUUUAAAUUAAUUAGCAAUUAAUUAGAAAAUAUAUUAAAUUUGCUUUUGAUAUUUAUAAAUAUAAUGCCAAAGAUAUAGAUAAUGGCAUUUAAUUAUUAAAUGAGCCAAGCACAACACAAUAAAUUGCAUUAAAUUUAUUGAUUCAUACAUUAAAGCUAACCUAAUGUCCAUUGUACAAGGAUUGCAGGACUGAAUUGGUAACAGGAUUCAAUAAUGGUAAUAAAAAAUAGUAUUUGCUAUUGUCAGUUUUACUUUUGGAUCUCUAAUUCGACUUUUAGCCAUUAUUCCACAAAGUUCAUAAAUAUAUGCAGGAUAUAUUGCUAAUUAAUACCAAAGAUCAUUAUUAUGCUCACUAACAAAUUUUUUAUAUGUGGUGUGCUUAGUAGUUAUAGGAAAUUCUCACCUCAUUCCACCUACUCCUUAAUCGAUUGUGCUACGCUAUGUGGAUAUUGUAUAAAUCAGUAAUUUUGAAUAUUUAAAAUAAUAAUUUAUUUAUUACGUCUGCUCUAAAUUGGCAUUUGUCAUAUAUUUAUGCUAUAUUAAGGGGGGGGGGGUGGGGGUGCCAUUUUUUAGGGGGGGUGGGGGGGGGUACCAUUAAAAAAAGGGGGGUGGGGGUACCACUUUUAGGGGGGGUGGGGGGGGUGGGGGGGUGUAGGGUUGCUACCUGUGCUUGACCAAAUAGCUUUUAAAUACCUAUCUCUACCAUAUUUUAUAUUUUUAAAAAAGUAUAAGUAUGGUUUUGAGUUAGGAAUUACGAUUUUAUAUUAGAAUGAAUACGGCUUAUAGAAACUUAUGAAGAUGAAAAAUUUAUAUAUAUCGUUAUGGAAUAUUGUUCUGGUGGGGAAUUAUUUGCAAAAAUAAUCGAAGCUGGCCAUUUUGAUGAAAAUCAGUCAAAAUUCCUCUUACUCCUUAUAUCAACCUUAAUUGAACUGAUGGGAAUCAUUCGAUCAGGUAUUAGGAAAAUUCAUUAAAAUAAUUUUAUUAAUUAGUAUUUAAUUUUUCAGGGAUAAAAUUUUAUAUGCUUCACCACAAGAAGUAGAGUUUUAGUAUAUUAGUAAAUAUGUUAAACUCACAUUAGGAUAUGAGGAGUGAUUAUAUCACAAUAUAGAUUUAAAAUUAUUCGAUAUGGAUGGGGGGAGUCAAAGAAAAUUCUAAUGGCAGUAAAUCACUUGCAUUUAAAUAAUAUUGUCCAUAGAGACAUAAAACCAGAAAAUUUUUUAUUUGAAUCCGACGAUAAAGAUGCUGAACUAAAAUUGGUUGACUUUGGUCUUUCGAAUAAAUUUGGGAAAAAGUUUAAAAAUUUGCAUUCGAAAGUGGGCACACCAUAUUAUAUUGCACCUGAAGUUUUAUCAGGCUCAUAUAGCAACAAAUGUGAUUUAUGAAGUGUAGGGAUCAUAAUGUAUACUAUGAUGUCUGGAGAUCUACCAUUUUUUUCAGAUACUCAAUCUGAAAUUUUCAGACAGAUUUUAAUAGGAAAGUACCAAAUGAAGGAUGAAAUUUGAAACAAUAUCUCUCCUGAAGCAAGAAAUCUUAUACAACGGCUAAUGUGUGUAGAUCCUGCUAAAAGAUUAUCGGCAUCAGAAGCCUUAGCACAUCCGUGGUUCAUUUCUCAGUCUCCUAUCAAAUUUUCAAUAGAUGCAGGAAUGUUGAAAGCUUUGCAGGAUUACAGAAAAAUUUCUUUGUUCCAAAAAGAAGCUUUGAUGAUUCUUAUUAAACAUUUAUCUAUACACGAGCUUAAAGAACUUAAUGAAUCUUUUCUCAGUUUAGAUCAAUACAAAAAUGGUGUUAUUUCUAUACAAUUAUUGAGUGAAUCUCUUAAAAAUUCGAGCUGGCAUUUAGCCCAAAAAGAAAUUGAUGAGUUGAUUCAAUCAAUAGAUGUAGACCGAAAUGGCACACUUAAUUAUAGUGAGUUUCUCGCAGCCACUCUUUCUUCAAAAUUAAGCUUACAAGAAGAAAUAAUUUGGCUUACUUUUAUGCAUUUUGAUGUGGAACGAAAAGGCUUUAUCACAGCAACUGAUAUUGAAGAAGCACUAAGCCGUCAAGGCCAUAAGCUUGGUAACAAGGGGAUCGAGCAAAUGUUAUACGAAAUAGGAAAAAGACGUACUGACAAAAUCACCUAUGAGGAAUUCCUUAAUAUAUUUCUCAACAUUAAACCCACAAAAACACUUUAG